AUGGAGCUGUGUGGUCCCAACAUGAGUGAGAGUGGAGGCUCUCUGUGCCAGGUGAAGCAGCUUCCCUGCCACACCGCCCCCCUUUGUCGCCUGCAGGCCGGUGGACAUCACAUGCACAACCUCCCCCACCUCACCCACCCGCCGUGGGCCAACCACCCAGCCCCAGCCGUCGUCUCCAGCCCGGCUGUGGCCAUCCGACACAGGGUAAAUGGAGCCACGGCGGCCAGCUGCAGCAGCCCGGACUGCACGGCCUCUAGACUGGAGGAGGAGGUGGCACUGGCCCGGGGCACCUCCAAAGGGAAGGUGGUGGUGACAGGAGGAGGGGGAUAUUUUGGUUUUAGGCUGGGGAGGGAACUGGCCCGUCAGGGGCUGUCAGUGAUCCUUCUGGACAUGAACAAGCCUCCCUGUGAUGUCCCUGAUGGUGCAAUCUUCUAUCAGAGUGACAUUCGAGACUAUCCUUCCCUCUAUAAAGUGUGUGAGGGAGUCGACUGUAUAUUCCACACAGCGUCUUAUGGCAUGUCUGGACCAGAACAGCUGCGGAAAGAGCAGGUGGAGUCAGUCAACGUUGGAGGGACGAAUAAUGUUAUAAACGUCUGUAAGGAGAGGAGCAUCCCCCGGCUGGUGUACACCAGCACCAUCAACGUGGUGUUUGCGGGGAAACCAAUUGAGGAUGGUGAUGAAGAUUCGGUGGCGUACGUGCCCCCCGACGUGCACAUUGACCAUUACUCCCGAACUAAAGCGAUUGCAGAGCAGAUGGUCCUCUCAGCCAACGGAUGCUCCCUGAAAGGAGGAGAACUGCUGCAGACCUGCGUCCUGCGACCGUGUGGCAUCUAUGGACCAGAGGAGAGGAGACAUCUUCACAGGGUGAUGGUGAACGUGGAGCGGCGGUUGUUCAGUUUCAGGUUCGGGGACCCCCAGGCCAGGAUGAACUGGGUACACGUAGACAACCUGGUGCUGGCUCACACUCUGGCAGCUGAGGCUCUCACACUGAAGAAGAGCUGUGCUGCUAGUGGACAGGUCUAUUUCAUUAAUGAUGGAGUUUCAGUCAAUCUCUUUGAGUGGCUGACACCUUUGUUUGAAAAGCUGGGCUACAGCAGACCAUUGAUAAAUCUCCCUGUUUCACUGGUCUAUUCAGCAGCCAUCCUGGUGGAAUACUUGCAUGUAGCUCUAAGGCCGGUGGUAACAGUGCCUCUACUUUUUACCAGAAGUGAGGUUAGGAACAUUGCAGUAAGCCACACUUUCAAGAUCGACAAGGCCCAUCGAGAGCUGGGUUACUGUCCGAAGCUGUACAGCCUGGCGGACUCUGUGGAACAGUACCUGAAGUCCCAAAAGCCUUGCUCCACCUCACCUUUUUUCAACCUCUCCUGGACCUCACAGCACCUCAUCCUGCUGCUGCUGAUGGGUCUCAUUGUGGUGCUACUAAUGUUAUCCUGCAUAUUCUGUCAGAACUAA